CUUGUGAACCAAGAGGAAACAUUCACAUAUUGCUGUGAUGGUGCUGAUGGUGAUCUUCCUCCUCAGGAUGACACGCUGCACAGACUGGUGCAGGAGUUUGGCUCAAACAGCUGGUCCUCAGUUUCUCUGCAUGUUAAAGGUCAGAGGUCAGAUGUGGAGUGUCAGCGCAGGUGGCAGCACAUCAAAAACCCCGAGCUGGUGAAAGGUCCAUGGACUCAUGAUGAGGAUGAGAGUGUCCUUAAGCUGGUUCAGAAGUACGGCGUGAAGCGCUGGUCGCUCAUCGCCAAACACCUGCACACUCGUAACGGGAAGCAAUGCCGCGAACGGUGGCACAACCACCUGAACCCGACGGUGAAGAAGAGCGGCUGGACCCUGGAGGAGGACCUCACCAUCUGUGAGGCCCACCAGCUGAUGGGGAACCGCUGGGCCGACAUCUCCAAGAUGCUGCCUGGCAGGACGGACAACUCCAUCAAAAACCACUGGAACUCCACCCUGAAGAGGAAGGUGGAGAAGGAGGGAUAUCUUCAGGACAUCCACAACUCUUUUAGCUCCUCCGCGUCCUCCUCCUCACCCAGACCAGCAUCCGGGACCUUGAACCCCCCCCAGCAAGGCGACAGUCUGUCCAGUGGGAAGGACGCGUCCAGCUGCUCCUCAAGCGACCAGACCAACCCCGCCCACCUGUGCCCCGUCUGUGUCCCCGCCUCCUCCUCAGGUUACAGCUCCUCUCUGAGCAUGUGCGAGCGGACGGCGUUCAUGGAGCUGAUGGAGGCGGCACCUGAUGUGACCUCGGCACAGAACAAGGGCACCUGGAGCUGUGGCCCACAGGAAGUGACCUCAUGCCUGGACCGACAGGAGGCUCAUCCGUCAGUCAUGGAUCUGAGCCGGAGUUACGUUGCAGGCGUGUAUCACGAGGAUGGAGGCUCCUUCGUCAGCACCACCAUCUUCCCCUCUGAGCUCCACGGCCUGUGUGCUGUGGACGAUCUCAGGCUGCUGCACCCGGUUCUGACCUCCACCCCCGACCGCUCCCUGAAACCCUCCACCAGCACCGCCCGGGACCAGUGGUAUCUGCACUGCAGCCAGGCCUCCUCAGAGACCAGCGACGCCAUGAAGGCGCUGUGGACGCUGGCCCCCCAAACCCCGACCCCUCUGAAGGUCAGGAGCCAGGAGCAGGCUGGUAAAACAAGCUGUGGGUCUCCUCCGAGUCGGCUUCCACUUGCUGAGGUCCAGGGAGAGAGUCUGCUGAGCUCCAUCCUGCAGGUCCAGGGAGAGUCCAGCUUGGAUCUACUGGACCAGGAGGGCUGUAGUUUGGGUUCAGGGGUGCAGAGAGAGUCCGGCGUGGUCCCGAGCUGUGAGGAGUUUGGCUGCUUCCCCCUGGAUGGACCGAUGGAGGUGUGGUGGUAUCAGCAGCCGGUUGGUUACCUUCACUCACCAAAAUGUCCUGCAUAUAGACGGAACCCCUUUGAGCUGAGCGGGGAGCUGCAGCUGCUGAUGUUUGGGAAAACAGAAGAUCAGAUGAGUGUGACGGAGCAGGCCCGCCUCUACACGGAGCCCUGAUCCUCACCGCCACCUUCAUCCUCACCGUCAUCAUCCUCACUGUCAGCACCACCGUCAUCAUCCUCACCGUCAUCAUCCUCACUGUCAGCACCACCGUCAUCAUCCUCACCGUCAUCAUCCUCACUGUCAGCACCACCACCAUCCUCAUCCUCACCACCACCAUCCUCACCGUCAUCAUCAGCACCACCACUUCUGCACCACCAUCAGCCGGUCAUCAUCAGAAGGAUGGUGAAUCAUGAGUCAGCACUUUGAUCUCCAGAUGUUCACUGCACAGAACCUCCAUCAGUUCUACGACGUGACCCUUUAUUGAUUUAUUAAGCAGGUGAUUUAUUAAGCCUGUAUUUUAUACUAAACAUGACAUUUAUUGGAGUUUUACUGAAGAUAAAAAUGUAUUUUUAACUGGAAUGUCUUUUUAAACUUAUUUUUUUAAAUAUUUACGGAUUUAUUUUAUGCCUAUUUAUUUCUUGAAGUCUUUUUUGUUUAUGACACAGACACUUUAUUUAAAACUAAAUGUUGCACUUUGGAUCAAAGCUAAAUGUUUUGAAAUAAACAGUAAAGUUCAGUGAUUCUAUACAGCGUGUAACCAAAUGUUGAUUGUAAUUUAUUAUUUACGCUGGAAUUAAAUGUUCUCCACAGCUAUUGUUUGGUAAAAAAUAACUUACACAGAAAGUUGAAGAAUGAACAUGUGAUAACUAAGGUAUGUGGUGAGAAAUAAAAGUUUUAUUUUCACACUCCGA